AUCCAACUACAAAGAGCAUGUGAGACAGCAAGAAUCGGGAGAGACGAAAUAUGAACUUCAGAUCCCAUCCAAAGACUCCAGUUCUUCAACAUUAUCUGAAGCUCAUUGUUCUGACACACUUCCCAAUGAUGUACAGAUGGAAAUUUAUUGCUCAGACUGUGGAAAAGAUUUUGGUCAUCAAAAUGCACUCAAAACUCACCAGUGCAGUCACACCAAACAAAAGCCACAUCAGUGCUCAUAUUGUGGGAGGAGUUUUAAUCGUCACUGUACCCUCCAACAACACCAGCACAUUCACACAGGAGAGAAGCCAUAUCACUGUGCACAGUGUGGAAAGGGUUUUAAUCGAAAGGAUUGUCUCAAACAACACAGGCGGAUUCACAAAGAAGAGAAGCCAUAUCAUUGUUUACAAUGUGGAAAUAGUUUUAAUCGAUUGAGUCAUCUACAAAGACACCAGCAAAUUCACACAGGAGAGAGGCCGUAUUACUGUUUACAGUGUGGAAAGAGUUUUUCUGACCAGGGCAAUCUCCGAAAACAUCAGCAUGUUCACACUGGAGAGAAGCCAUAUUGCUGCUCACAGUGUGGGAAAAGUUUUAAUCGACAGUAUGAUCUCCGGAGACACCAGCGCAUUCACACAGGAGAGAAACCGUAUCACUGCUCACAGUGUGGGAAAAGAUUUCCUCAUCAGAGUAAUUUCCGAAAACACCAGCGUGUUCACACAGGAGUAAAGCCAUAUUUUUGCUCCCAUUGUGGAAAGGCUUUUAACCGUCAAGAUCAUCUCCAAAGACACCAGCGCAUUCACACUGGAGAGAAGCCAUAUUUUUGCUCCCAUUGUGGAAAGAUGUUUACUUAUUCAUAUGUGUUAAAGUCCCACAAGUGCACUAAUUCUAAAACACUGAAUGAUUUAAAGAUGUUGAGUUAAUAUGGUUAUUAUUACUGUUUUGGCUGACAAUUAUCUGGAUUUUAAAUCGUAUUUUAAAGUUUAUUCACAUUGACUUUCUGUGGAAGAGAAAGUAUAUACUCUA